AUGAAUGAAAAACAUAUUGCGGAAUAUUUAAUGGAAGAAUUGAUGAACAAUAAAAACACGAGUAUUAAAACAAAAGCUAUUAAAAUAAUUGAAUCAGGUAAAUUAAAAAACAGAGAUAUUAUUAUUAAUUUAAAUAUAUCGAUAUGGAAAUCAUUGAUUGAUAACGACGAUAAAGUAUUAAAUAAAAGUAAAAAUAUAUUGGAUUAUUAUCUAAAGAAACGAGGAAUAAAUAUUUCUGAUUUAUUAGACCAGUUUACUGAGGCAUUGAAGUACAUUGGAGAUAAAAAAUGGAGAGUUGCAAUAGAUAAUUUAACGCUGGGUAAUGGUGAAGUUUUUGUUACGUUAAAUAAAAAGUGUUUGAUAAAUAAUGUAAUAAGAGAUGCUAUUAAAUUGAAGGGAUUGUAUGGAAAGAGAAGUGACGGUGGUAAAAUUUAUUUGGAGAUAAAUGAAGAUUUCGAGUCAAGCUUGACGACAACGCGUUUGAAUCUUUUGAAAAACAUUUGCGGGAAUGUUUUGAAAACUCUGGGAUUUGAAAUUGAUGACAAUGCAGAGCGUAAGUUAUUUUUGACAACGAAAUCCCAAGGAGAUAUUGGAGAUGGGUUUGAUAGAUGUCUUUGUGGAGUUGUCAAGAACCCUCGUACUAAUGCCAAAGAAACUGAGCUGAGUUAUUCCGAGUAUUUGGAACAAAAAGUUCAGCUUAUCAAAGAAGCCAAUGAUUCGAGACCCGUUGAUGACAUUGGAGAUCAACAGUUGAAAGUUAUUGCUGAAGCUGUAAUAACUUUUGAAUUCAUGAGUGUUAAACCAAGUCAUCCUUGUUUUAUAAAAGUUGAUUCUGAUGCUGAUAAAGCUGGUACUUGUAAUCGUGGGGGCACUUUCGUUUUGUAUAAUUUAGCGAGGAUCACUAAAAUACUGGAUAAAUUUCAGCAUGAAGUAAACUCAGGGAAAUAUCCAGAGCUAUGGGAUAUUGAUAAAGUGGAUUUACAUUUAUUAAAUUCAGAGGAAGAAUGGAAUCUUAUUUAUAAUUAUAUUUACGAUUAUCCAUUCAUACUAACGAGAAUUGUUGAAAUUGAAGCUAAUGGACAUUGUAAAAUCCAUCCGCAGAUUCUUUGUUCAUUCUUAUUAAAUAUAAGCCAAAAAUUCAGCAACUACUACCGGAGAUACAGAAUUUUAACGGACGGACGCUCGCAACUGCUAAAAGAAAUGAUGAGACGUAUAUAUUUAUUGAAGGCACUCCAGAUUAUUUUUAACAACGCUCUCGAUAUUUUAAACGUAACUUCGAUAUCUCGGAUGUAAUUAAGGGCAUUCUCAGACA